AUGACAUCUAAAUAAUUAAGUUCUUGCUAAACUUACAAGCUAGAAAAAAAAAAUUUUAAUCUAGAUGACUAAUAAGCUACCAUAUUAUCUAAAGAAAUAUCUUCUAGAAGCACUAACCUGAUAGAGUUAUUUAUAUUUUUAAGUUCAAAUUAAAUAGGAAAUCAAGGAGCUUCUAAUUUUGCUAAAUAAAUUUCUUAAUGUUUAAAUUUGUCUCAAGUAAAACUUGACUUUAGUUUCAACUUAAUUAAAGAAAGUGGAUUCAUAGAUUUGUGCAAUAGCCUAGGAAAUUGUUUAAAAAUUUCAAGUUUAGAACUUGCUUUAAGAUUUAAUAAUAUUGGUGAUAAAGGAGUAUAAUUUUUGACUAAAACUAUACUUUAAUGUGAAAAUGUGAAUCAAUUAGAUCUCAAUUUAAACUAAAAUAAAAUUAAUUCUAAAGGGGCAAGUAAGUUAGGAGCCAUCUUAGCUAAAUUUUAAAAGCUUUAAUGCUUGGAAAUAAAUAUAGAAUAAAAUGAUAUCUCUGAUUAGGGAGCUUUAUUUUUGGCACAAGGAAUAGCAUAAUGUACAAAUCUUACAAGACUAAAAGUCAAUUUCGAUAUCUAAAAAAUGAUAUCAUAGACGAAUAAAGAUUUCUUUACCAGCUUGAAGACUUUAUCUAAACUAAACAUAUUAUAAUUUGGAUUUGAUAUAAAUUCUUAGAUAUCAAAAGAAUUAACAACUGGAAUCUCUGAAAUUAAGAAUUUGAGUCAUCUAGAACUUAAUUUAGUAUCCAUUUAAGACAAAGAAAGUGAGAAGAUAGCAGAAAACAUAGGAAAACUAGUAAAUUUAAGUUUUUUAAAAGUUUAUUUCAGAAAAGUAAAUGUAGAAAAUGUUGCUAAUAUCUUUUCAAGAUUAAAAUAAUGUGUAAAUCUAUCUGAUUUAUAGAUAUAUCUAGAAGAAAAUCAUGGUCCCUUAUUUGAAUUGAAUAAUUUUUUAUGCAAUAUGAUCAACCUUAAAAAAUUAACUAUCGCAAUUAUGAAUUAAUAUGGUCCGAUACGUAUAGAUAUUUCUCAUUUAAGUAAAGGAAUAUCCUGCUGUGAAAUCUUAGAAAGUUUAGAAAUUUAUAUGAAUUAUUUGUCAAGCAAAGAUAUUUCUGUGUUAGGAGAAGGGAUAGGGAAAUGCAAAAAAUUAACUAAUUUAACUCUUUGUCUUGAAGGGGAUUCAAUUGAUGAUUGUAUAGUAUAGGAAUUAGGCUAAAAUAUAGGAUUAUGCACAAGUCUUAAGGAAAUCGAUAUUAACUUUUAACAUAAUUAAAUUUGUGAUGGUGGUGCAUUUGAUUUUCUUUAAGGUUUGUCAAAGGCAGUUUUGUUAGAGUCUAUAAAGCUUAACUUGGGUAAGAAUAUAGUUUGUACAGAUAAUGCAUCGUUGAUAGGUUAAGGUUUGAGUCUUUUCUAAAACUUAAAAACUUUAGAUAUUGAUAUAAAUGAUACUGAUAUUGAUAACGACCAAGCGUUUAAACUAGGACAUAGCUUAAUAUAAUGCUAAAAUGUUACAACUCUUCGUUAUGACAUUAGUGCAUGUCAGAAUCUAGAAGAAGAAGGGGUAGAAAGAUUUGAAAAUUAAAUUAAAAAAAUGAAAAGGUUAGUCUAAUAAACAUAUUAUAGUUAUUGGGAUUGA